GGACGCGGGGGUCCCCCGCUCCAAUGGACUCCCUUCCGCGGCUCCUGUCUGCGAGGCUGACAGCAGCGGCGGGGGGGGAGGAGGAGGAGGAGGGGGCACGUCAGAAGCCAAGAAGAAGAAACGUCCGUCUCCAUGUGACCAUGAUGACGUCAUCAGACUCAUCGGACAGCACCUGCACGACCUGGGGCUGAACCAGACGGUGGAUCUCCUGAUGCAGGAGUCUGGCUGCAAGCUGGAUCAUCCCUCUGCCACCAAGUUCCGCAACCACGUCAUCGAAGGAGACUGGGACCAGGCUGAGAGUGACCUGAAUGAACUGAAGGCCUUGAUGCAUUCUCACGCUGCUGUAGUGCGGAUGAAGUUCCUGCUGCUGCAGCAGAAGUACCUGGAAUACCUGGAGGAUGGGAAGGUCCUGGAGGCUCUGCAGGUCCUGCGAGCCGAGCUCACGCCUCUCAAGUACAACACGGAGCGGAUCCACAUCCUGAGUGGGUACUUGAUGUGCAGUCAUGCAGAGGACCUGAGGCUCAAAGCUGAGUGGGAGGGAAAAGGCCUGGCAUCCAGAACCAAACUGCUGGACAAACUUCAGACUUAUCUACCUCCUUCAGUAAUGUUGCCACCUCGUCGCCUCCACACUCUCUUGCGGCAGGCCGUGGAGCUGCAGAGGGAGCGCUGCCUCUACCACAACACCAAACUGGACGGUGGGCUGGACUCGGUCUCCCUGCUGCUGGACCACGCCUGCAGCCGGAAGCAGUUCCCCUGCUACACUCAGCAGAUCCUGACUGAACACUGUAAUGAAGUUUGGUUCUGUAAGUUCUCCAACGAUGGCACCAAGCUGGCCACCGGCUCCAAAGACACAACCAUCAUCUUGUGGCAGGUCGACACGGAAACUCAGCAGCUGAAACUGAUGAAGACUCUGGAGGGCCACGCUUACGGGGUGUCCUACCUGGUGUGGAGUCCAGACGACGCCUACUUGAUCGCCUGUGGUCCUGACGACUGCUCGGAGCUGUGGCUGUGGAACGUCCAGACGGGGGAGUUACGAACAAAGAUGAGUCAGUCUCACGAGGACAGCCUGACCUGUGCAGCCUGGAAUCCAGACGGCAAACGCUUCGUCACCGGCGGCCAGAGAGGCCAGUUCUACCAGUGUGACCUGGACGGGAACCUGCUGGACUCGUGGGAGGGGGUUCGGGUCCAGUGUCUCUGUUGCCUGGGCGACAGCCGGACGGUCCUGGCGUCCGACACCCACCAGCGCGUUCGAGGAUACAACUUCGAGGACCUGACAGACAGAAACAUAGUGCAGGAGGACCAUCCCAUCAUGUCCUUCACCGUCUCCAGAAACGGAAGAUUGGCUCUUCUUAACGUGGCCACUCAGGGCGUGCACCUGUGGGACCUGCAGGACCGGGUUCUGGUCAGGAAGUACCAGGGAGUGACCCAGGGCUUCUACACCAUCCACUCCUGCUUCGGAGGGCACAAUGAAGAUUUCAUUGCCAGUGGCAGUGAAGACCACAAAGUCUACAUCUGGCACCGGCGCAGCGAGCUGCCCAUCGCAGAGCUGACGGGACACAACCGGACGGUGAACUGUGUCAGCUGGAACCCGGUUCUGCCCGGACUGCUGGCCAGCGCCUCCGACGACGGGACGGUCCGAAUCUGGGGACCCGCCCCCUUCCUGGACCCCCAGGACCCAGAGGGGAUCGGGGCAGCAGCAUGGACAGCUGAUGCUCUCCAGCGUGGCUGUGAGCGGCACUAAGAGCCUGGAGACACUUGAAUGGAGCAGAGCAAAGACUUGAUUGGAUAUCUGCUGGGUGGAGGCGUGGCCACCAGGCCGGAGGUGCAGCUGGACUCCUCCUCCUCUUAUUUAUUGUCCACCCCCGUAUUUAUUCAGGACUUCUGAGCCUGCAGAACCAGGAGGGUUCUGUGUUCUGCAGCUUCUCCCUGACACACACAGCGUUGGAAAUAUGAACCGUCAGCCGUUGUGUGGGACAGUGGAACCUUCUCAGCCAUCAUGGAAGACAAUGCUGCGUUGUCUGCUGUCACUUAUGCAUGUGUGGUGUGGUACGUUCUUAGCCAUCGUGUGAGAGCCAUCUAUUCUGACACGUAUGACAACAGAGUUCUCCUGUCAUGUAUGACGUGACGUCUUCUCCCCUGUGUGCUUUUUUGGUGCUUUUCCACCAGUACCUACUCAGCCCGACUCGCCUCAGUUUGGUUCUUUUCCACUAGGGGUCUAACGUGCCGAGUAGAUACUUUUCUGUAUCUAUUCUGCCGAGGUUCUAAGCUGCUGAGUCGGCUGUAUCUGACAUCAUCACACUACAGACCACUGAUUGGUCGGUGGCUGAGGAGACAAUUACGAGAAUAAAGUCAUAAUGUUACGAGAAUAAAGUCGUAAUAGAAUUACCGUAAGUCGUAAUAUUAUGAGAAUAAAGUCGUAAUAUUAUGAGAAUAAAGUCGUAAUUUGAGAAAAAAAGUCGUAAUAUUAUGAGAAUAAAGUCGUAAUUUGAGAAUAAAGUCAUAAUAUUACGAGAAUAAAGUCGCAACAUUACGAGAAUAAAGUCGUAAAAUUACGAGAAUAUAAUUUAUGAGAACUCUAACAGGAAGAGCAGUCUUCUCCCUGUGUUAAAAUGAGGAAUAUUGAGCAUCUUGUGAAGUUAUAUUUAUAUAUUUAUAAUAUAUUUACUAUUACGACUUUAUUCUCGUAAUUUUACGACUUUAUUCUCAUAUUAUUAUGACUUUAUUCUCAUAAUUUCCAUUUUUUUUUGUCUUAGUUUGGCCCUAAUACUCCGUCGUACCCAGCUGACUAAUUAGAAGAAAAAAAAAGCGUUGCCGCUUGAAGCUUCUUUCACUCUCAUUUUUUAACUUGGUAUCAAACACAAGCCACAGACCCAGCAGCACAUCUAUCAUCUCCUCCAGGUUCUACAUCUUUAGUCUUGUCUUCAUCCUUUAGAUACACAAUCAAAUACGUCACAGCAGCUUCUCUCCAACCUCCUACUUCUCCAGGUGCUGAUUGUUAUGGAAAAGAAACCAGGUCGAGUAGAGCUGAGUAGGUUUUAGUGGAAAAGCCCCAUUUGUCUCGUCUGGUCUCUCCUCCCUCUGGUCUGCACUCUGGUGUGGUUUUGUUGUUUCACUAGUUGAAUAUUUGAAUAGUUUUGGGUUCUUGGAGACGUGCUGGAGGAGGUUCCAGCUGUGCAGCUGCAGGAUGAACAUCUGUCCAGGCGUGGGUAGUUCAGGGACCGUGUGCUGUGGAGGACGAUUCCCCGUCAGAGACCCUGCUCACACCAGUCCAUGAAGACGACAAACUUUCCCUCGGUGGUUCUUCUACAGCAGCAAAACUCACAGUGAACAAUAAUGAUGUUUUUAAUCACGUUCUACACAUUUUCUCACCAUUUCUGUUGUUUAUACAUAAGUGAACUUAGAGGACAAGCACGUCUACACUCACACUCUAACACAGAUAGAUGAAUUUAUACAACAUUGCAUUUCCUUUGCCUGACCUGUGUUUCAGUGUUGCGCCUGCUGUUAUUUUUUGUGUACAUUUUCUUUGAGCUGCAUAUGAAGCACCGGUUUUUAACAGAUCUACUUGUUGUUUCCUCCACACUUCUUUGUUGACUUCUGUGUUGGAUCAAACUGAAGUUCUGGUCCUGGAGAAAGCUGCAGAACUCUGAGGAUCAGCUUCACCUGCUUCACCUCCUCCAGCUUCACCUCCUCCACCCCAGGGCUCAGGAGGUCUGACCCCCAGAGAGCUUUGGGGGGGUUGGCCUCGCUCAGAGGGGUCCAGGGGGAACUCCGUCAUAGAACUCAGGUGUAUGGAAGAGUAUUAGGGCCAGGCAGGAGGAAAAUUAAAUACAAAUAAUAUUUUACAGGAGGAAGAUUUUUUUUUAUUUGAUUUUUUUUUCACUUCGGUAAAAAAGUCAAAAUGUCGAGAAAAAAGUUGAAAUGUUGGGGAAAAAAGUCAAAAUUUCGUGAAUAAAGUUGAAAUGUUGAGAAAAAAGUCAAAAUUUCGUGAAUAAAGUUAAUAUGUUGGGAAGAAAGUUGAAAUGUCAAGAUUAAUGUUGAAGUAUAAUUUCAAGAAAAAAGUCGAAAUGUCGAGAAAAAAGUCAAAAUGUUAAGAACAAAGUCGAAAUGUUGAGAAAAAAUUCAUAAUGUUGAGAAAGAAGUCGAAAUGUUGAGAAAAAAGUCAAAAUUUCGUGAAUAAAGUUGAAAUGUCAAGA